UAAUAAGGUCCUCUUAAAAGUCUGUUUUUACGGAUGUCAUACAAAUGACACAAAAAGGAGUCCUACCUAAUUCUUCAUCUGUGCUGUUCCAUCCUUCCAGCCUGAGGGAGUAGCCGUCUCGUCCUGGCUCUAACUGAAACCUUUCCUGUACGUCACUUUAGGUCGAGAUAGUCUGGAAGCUUUAGAAGGGAAACAAAAGGUUUCAGUACAUUCUGAAUGAGUCUACAGACAUGGAUCGAUCAUUUUGAACGUACGUGAUGAGAAGGAAGAAGAGAAAGACUCUGGACAGGGCAUCAAAUGGAAUGAAAGCAGCACUUUGUCUCAGAUCCUGAGCAGCUUCACCAACAGGUGUUGGCAAGAGCAACGAAGACGAUCCUCAAGGCGCAGCCUGCUGCAGUGGUCCGGUGGUUUCUCUCUCUGUGGCGAAGGUGGCCACCAAUAAAAGGAUGAGAAGGAGGAGGAAGCAGUGAGGCACAUCCCAAAGCAAGAACAAUCCUUCAUCCCCUUCCACCCCCCCACAGCUUUGUGAAACAACCAUCCUGGUGGUUCGAGAUCUGACAACUUAAAUGGGGAGAAAGAAGAAAACCCAUCUGAUGUUUCUUCUUCUGGCUCUGCUUUGCGUCGGCGCUGCGCAAGCUGAGAACUGUCCGAGCGACCCAGACAUCGCUCGCACGGAUCUCUCUUGCGAAAGUGAUUACAAUCGUACCAUCACUUGUGUGUGGAACAGCACAUCUGCAUCUGAUCUUCCAGACAAUGUGUGCACAUUAAAAGCCUCAUGGACUUCUAAAUGGAUCAACUACAACGCCGAAUGUAAACUGGAGCCUGUUGACGUCUCCAGACCAACGCUGAGGAAGUGCACCCUGAUCUUCAACAUAGACAGCAGAUUUAUGAGCUACGAGAAUCUGUUAAUGGAUCUAAACUGUAACCCCGGGAACCAAACUCUGAAAGUUUACUUCAAGCCAGCUUGUCACAUAAAGCUGAAUCCUCCGCCACAACCACGUAUCAACUUCACCACCGUUUCCUGGUUCCCCCAAGUUGUAUACAAUACCCGUUUCGACGGAGACACUUACAGCUGCCAACUGCAGUGGAAACACCAGAAUCAGUCGUGGAGUGAAAGCAAUGUUUUAGAUACAAGUUGUAAAUUGGACUGCAGCGUGGAGCUGAACCUCGAUGAGCUGAAUCAAGGCGAGAGGUACGAGGCACGCGUUCGAGCGAAGAUAUCUGGAAAUGAUUACAAGUCAAUGUGGAGUGACUGGAGCCCCACUGCAUCAUGGGUGUCACCCAUAGGAGGAACAAAAGAACCACCACCAGAUAAAGGUUUUCUUGGGGGCCGUCUGGCCAUUAUUGCCGGUGCGGCAGCGUUUUCCAUAUUUCUGGUUGUCUUACGCUUUAAGACCGACAAAACCACCUGGGUUUACGUGGUGAAGAGAAUCAGAGGUAAACCCAUACCAGACCCAGCAGACUCCUUCCUGAAGCAUGGAGAUUUCAAGAAUUGGUUGAGACCUCCCUUCAACAGCGAAUCCUUUCUUUCCCCCUCUAAACUGGUGGAAAUCGUCUCCGUCGAGGUGACCUCCUCUGUGGAUACUUUCGCAUCCUGCGGGCCAGGGGCGGCGCUGCUAGAGAAGAUGAGAAGUGAAAGCAGACACGAGUCGACCAGUUCCAACUUCUCCAACCCCAUUUACUCCCAGCUGUGUCCGCCUCCUCCUCCGCCUCCUCCUCCUGUCUCCUCGCUCACUGCGGGGAAUCUGGCGCCCUGCGCCGCUGAAACACCUUAUGGGCCUGUUGGUGGUCAAGCUGAAGGUAAAAAUGCAGAACAGGAUGAGGAUGAAGUGAGAGCAAAAGAAGCAGAGAUUCGCCAGUUGCUCUCCAAAGGCAGCAACAACAGUGAGCCUAUGCUGGUAGUUUCAGACUAUGAGAAGGCUGAGAAGCUCCACGUCGAGCGCGCCAGGCUCCAGAGUUUAGAUUCAGGCGUGUGCAGUGGCGAAGAGGUCAGUCAAGAGAGCCUGGAGGCAGAUAGCAUCAAUGUGACAGACGAGGGGCCUGAAGGUGAGGAGGAGAGGGAGGCAGGGAACGAAAAAGACGUAGUUAUUCAGAAGUUGUUUGAAGGCAGUGGAGGUGAUUUUGGCAAAGGGCCCAUUCAGGUUUGUUCCGGUUACGAGCAAGUCCAGAAGCUGCAGGCUGACAGCCCCGAGCUGGAUUCAGGCAUUAGCAGCGGGGGCGAGGAGCAGGUGAGUCAGGAGGAGAGUCAGGAGGAGAGCCUGGAGGAGAGCCUGGAGGACGCUGAUAAAUCCACUGAAUCCACCAGCCUCCUGUUUCCUCCUCCUCUUCCUCCUCCUCCUCCUUACAGCGUCUCACCCUUUUUCACACCACAGCCGUUGAACUUUUUCACACAUUUGAGUCCAGCUCUGCAUCCUCAGCAUUUACUUGAGACCACUGCUCUAAUGUCAACUACCAGGUCAGUGGAGCCCUCUGGUGACGGAUAUAUGUAAGACAGGAUCAGAGCUAAGAACAGACGGCAAAUGCUGUACAACACAGUAUGUGGUAUCAUAACAGCCCGACAGCCAGAGGAGUCAGUUUGUUAAUUGUUCUCUUCAUUUAAUGCUCAAUGUUCAACUCUCAAAGACUUCACCGAUUUCAAUGAAUGUAGGGUUCCAAGCCCAAAGUGUUCAGUAUUAUUGUUUGUUAUCUUUUGUCGUGGCUCAAAUUGCUGUGAACUGGAAUGAGCCACGAACAUGAAACUCGGCCCUAUAACUGGAAAUGAUGUGCAAAUGCUUCCCGAGAAAUGUGACUCCAAUCAGUCGCAUGGUGGCGCUGCAAUUAACGGCCCAAAAAACAGACUUGGGAAAAGCCACGCCGCUCUUAUUAAUAGUUAUUUAUGUUCAUGAAAGAAAACAAAAACGUGUUUACGUAUCUUUGAGGGCAUCAGAAACGGCAAUCUUUAGGAUUUAUCUGAUAACCCAUUGGCAAAAUAUAACCUAUAACGGGUCUAACAUGAGGAUAAAGUGCAUAAUGAUAUCAGAGUUAUAUUCAUUAAAUAACACAGAAAGAACAUGAAAGAAAGGCAUACAUGUAUCUUUCAGGAUCUUCUCCUCGCUCAGAGGCCAUUCUUUAACAUAAGAACCAACCCGUUCUCACGAG